CAGACAGCCAGCCUGGAGUCUCCCGCUCCGACCAAGAGCAGUGGCUCACACCUCAACAACCCGGCAUACGCUGUGGAAGAGUCCGCGUCCUGUCUGCGGCGGUGCACUUUUCCAGAGAGAGAGAGAGAGCGCUUUCGUGGCCCAAGUGUUGCCAUAGCGGCAGCCACAGUUAGGCGUGGUGAAGUGUGCACAAAGUGAGGAGGAGAAGAGCGGCCGUGAUGACCUCUGAGGACGUUGUGACCCGCCGUCAGGCGUCAACACGUCUUCCUCAGCAGGACGAGAGAGAGGUCCUGAGGGAACUAAAGGCCACAGGUAAGCUUGUGGCUGUGAUGGUGAUCCUGAGCUACAUGUAUGGUGACCUGACGGUGAGCCGGCAGCUGACCCCUGACCCCCGGCAACACUCGUGGCUCCUGAUGACCUCUCCCCUGCCCACCAUCGCCGCUUGUCUCCUCUACGUGGCCACCGUCACCUGGUGGGGCCCUCGGUACAUGACCUCCAGGAACCCUCUCCCCAAUCUCAGGAAGGUGAUGAUGGCUUAUAACGCCUUCCAAGUCGUCUUCUCCGCCCGCAUCUUCUGGGAGGCUGGAAUGGGCGGAUGGUUCGGCAGUUACUCUCUACUGUGUCAGACCUGCGACUUCUCGGACAACCCUCAAGCAGUCAGGAUGGUCCACGCUGGCUACUGGUACCUCUUCUCCAAGUUUGUGGAUUUCACAGAUACGGUGUUCUUCGUGCUGAACAAGAAGAACAAGCACGUCUCCCUGCUGCAUGUGGUUCACCACGCCCUCAUGCCCGUGUGUAUGUGGUAUGGCAUCCGGUAUUAUGCUGGAGGUCACACGACCCUGAUGAUCCUACUGAACGCCUUCGUCCACACCGUCAUGUACUCGUACUACCUGCUGGCGGCCAUGGGGCCCCGAGUCCGUCCUUUCCUCUGGUGGAAGAAGUACCUCACCACCCUUCAGAUUGUCCAGUUCACAGUCGUCAUUUUACAGAACUUGAUGGUAAUGUUCGUGGAGUGCGCGAUACCAUCAGUGCUGUUGGCUUGGGUGAGCGGUAUGGCGCUUCUCUUCUUCAUCCUCUUCACCGACUUCUACAUCAGAGAGUACAGGAAGCGCAUCAAACACAAGACAUCACUUAAGGGACCCGGGGACCACUUGGCCAUGGUAGGCCUGACCGUUGGUCCCACAGGGCUGCCUCGGGGAUCGAGUGGUGUGAUGUACAAUGGUGAGACCAACGGGCGGCUCCCUGCGUCGUCUGGGUCACCCAACAAGGCGUGUUCUACCUCGUGCAGCAGCCCCGUGUGUAGUGUCCUUCAUAAGAGGAGAGAGGAAGGCUCGUCAGCGAGAAGUCGUGGCGGGAAAACCUCUCAAGUCAUGCCAGCUGAGCGCAUCAUAACACCAGCAUCUCUCUUCUCAAACUACUCUGGGUGGAAGCAGGUGGAUGAGGAGUUAUAUAGAAUAAGGCAGAUUUUGGUCAAUGGUUUCUCCAAUGGUUAUGUCCAUUGGAAAAUAAAAAAAAAUGAAGGUGCGAGAAUAAGUUUGAGUUGCCGUCAGUAUGCACAGGCUACAGACGGCAAAGUUAGACGGUUACAGUUAGCCAAACUUAGACGGCUACGAAUGGCAAAGUUAGACGGAUACACGCCACCAACACAACCUUCUCCACCACUGUGGUCACGCCCAAAGUCAAUAAAGUCGGAGAGUUUAAGAAUGUCGCCUCAGGAAGUUAAACGCAAAGAUUUAGCUGCCUCCAAGACCAGUCAGAAACCCACCGUCCAGUCCACAGAAAGAGAUGUCCUGAGCGAGCUACGAUCCAACGGGAAAUGGGCGGCAGGGAUAACUGUCUUCAGCUUCAUGUACGGGGACCUGACGGUGGCUAGCCAGCUGCCCCCAGACCGUCGGCAGGACUCAUGGCUCCUGAUGCAGUCUCCCUACCCGACCCUCAUCUUCUCCUUCCUCUACAUCGCCGUCGUCACCUGGUGGGGGCCUCUCUACAUGAAGUCCAGGAAGCCCAUCUCUGGACUCAAACCGCUCAUGAUUGCUUACAACGCCUUCCAAGUUGUCUUUUCUAUUUGGCUCUUCUAUGAGUCUGGAGUUGCGGGAUGGUUUUUCGAGUACAAGCUGAUCUGUGAGCCGUGCGACUUCUCCAACAACCCACAACCUGUGAGGAUGAUGCAUACUGGCUACUGGUAUCUCGUGUCCAAGUUCAUCGACUUCAUCGACACGUUGUUCUUCGUGUUGCAUAAGAAGUACGAGCAUAUAUCUGUUCUUCACGUCAGCCAUCACGCCCUGAUGCCCCCUAGUGUGUGGUAUGGCAUACGCUACCAGCCAGGAGGGCACGGUAGCUUCAUGGGGUUCCUGAACGCCUUCGUCCACGCUGUCAUGUACUCGUACUACCUGCUGGCGGCCAUGGGGCCCCGAGUCCGUCCCUUCCUCUGGUGGAAGAAGUACCUCACCACCCUCCAGAUGGUCCAGUUCACAGUCGUCUUCUUCCACGCUAUUGCGCUGGCGUUCGUGGAGUGCGACGUUCCUCCCGUGCUACUACGAUGGCUUUGUGGCUUCGCUAUCAUGUUCUUCGUCCUCUUCACUGACUUCUACAUCAAGGCGUACCGGAAACGCGGGAUUUCCAAGGGCGACGGUCUUCCUAACGUCUGCUACAUCGGCUCGCCAUCCGGAGCUUCGAACUCAGUCUCGAACAAGACAUUCGGCGACGCCCGCAACAGGAAGCCCGAGGGGAUUAAUAACGGCAUCCGCAACGGGUUACCCAACGGUGUUGCGCAGACAUCCUCCAACGGGGGCGUGGUUGAGUUCGUGUCGUCUCACUCUCCUCCACACCUGAAGGACGACACGAGAUUACGAAGUCGCUAGGGGAAGGCGUCUCUUCGCUAGGGGCAAUCUAGUUUCCGCGAAGUCAGGGCCACCGCUCAGCUAUGAACUUUGUCCAGGAUAAAGAUAAGAUGUUUAGUCCGGAUCAUUUGGUCAACACACACACACACACACACACACACACACACACACACACACACACACACACACACACACACACACAGCCUCGCGCUUGAGCUAUACCUCCAGUUAACGUUAGUCACACACCUGGCUUUAGCCACACACACCUGACAAGUCAAGAGUACUGUACCUGGUGAGUCGGCAUCCACACACCUGCGUAGGAGACAACUACACACACACACACACACACACACACACACACACACACACACACACAC